AUGUUUCAGGAAGUAAUCGAAAUUCACGAUCGGGUUGCUCAAAAAACAAACCAAUUCGAACAAAACUUUAAAGGUUUCAUUAAUAGUCAAAUUAACGACAAUAAUAAGAAAAGACACGAUUUUGAACAAAAUUGUCAAAAUUUUCAAUCAGAAUUUCAAUCACUCACUACCCGUGUAGAGAGAGGAAUUAAUGAAAGACAACAUGUGGAAGAAAUUAGAAAAAGAUACUGUGAGGAUGAAGGUGAGCUGGAUCAAAGAAUAACCGAUAUGAAAGUCAGAGCCGACGAACAACCUAAAAUUAUUGAAGAAUCCAAGCAAAAAUUGCUACAACUCAAAUCAGAACAUGAAGAAAAAUCCAACAUGCUCAAUAGAGUUGAAUCGGAUUUUGUUGACCAUGCCACAAAGAAAUUUAUUGAAAAAGAAAAGUAUAGAACUCUUCUUGGAAUGACAUUCGAAGCAAGACAAGAUGGUGACAUUGCUUACCUUUUAAUUUCCUUCUCCAUUCAAAAUAUGCAAGCUUUAGGGUUGACCAGUUGUCAAAUUGCUUUGAGAAUUGAUGGAGGACUAUAUUCUGUAGCAGGAUGUCAACCAGCAAUUCAAUAUGAUGAUUUAAUUGCUUCACUCAAUGACAAUAAGAACUUUGGAUCGUUCAUUAUCUUGGUCAGAAAUCGUUUCAAGAACCUUAUCAACCAACACAAACCAAGAAAAUAG